ACUUACAACGACUUUGCUGCAGAAGCAGUGGAGAAAGGAGAUUCAACGACCCGUUGUUGAAAGCCAUUUCAACACUUUGGUGUUACCAUUUGCCCAUCAAAAGCAAAUCUGUUUUGAUACAAAAGCUGCUCAGUGUGCCAAGUGACCGUUAAAGUUUUGGGGAUAACAAAAGACGUGGUAAUCGUCUCACUUGUGUAUUGCCGUCUAGAAAGAAGAGAGCAUAGAAGGACAAAGGGGACGAGUUGCUUCAAAUCAAAGAAUCAAAUCCUUAAGAACAUCAUCAGCAUCAGCAUCAGCAACAGCUUCGGCUUCAGCUUGAGCACCACCAGCAUCAGCAUCAGCAUCAGUAUCAGCAUCGUAGCCGCAACGAGCCAAAAUCGCAUGCAAUGCAGCAACUAAAGCAACAAAGGAAGCUAUUCCAACAACAACAACAACCUUUGACCGUUAUCAAGUUGUGGCUGUUGUUUGGUUUGCUUUUGAAUGUCGCCCAACAUCCACGUGCUGUUAAGGCAACGGACGAUGUGGCUAAUGUAUCACCGUGUGAAUUGGAAUCGAUAAUAAAUCAAUUGGUGAAUCCUUCCCCGCAGUAUGAAAUGCAUGUGUCUUCCCUUCGCAAUCAAUUACGCAAUAUAUUGAGAGAACGCCAACUGGAGGAGGGUGAGGAGCAGAAUCUCAACAAUGACAUGGACUAUUUGGAGGAGGACAAACGUUCGGCUGUUGGUUUGGUCUCUCAAGGCCUGCUCAAUUUGAACAAUCCCAAACGCAGCCUCGCCACCUUGGCCAAAAAUGGCCAACUGCCAACUCCAGAUCCCGAAAUUGUGCCCGAAGAUGACCAAAGGUCGGAGGAUAAACGCAACAUUGGCUCCUUGGCACGCUCCGGACAGUUGGGCUAUGGCAAGCGCAACAUAGGCACCUUGGCUCGUGACUAUCAAUUGCCAAAUGGCAAACGCAAUCUGGCCACCAUGGCCCGCUUGGGCCUGCUGGGCCGCAAUGAGCCCAAACGCAAUGUGGCCGCUGUGGCACGCUACAACUCGCAACGCAUGUACAACAAUGCCGCAGAGAAACGUAACAUAGGAGCCCUAAAAGCUUCUCCUGUACACGGUUUUCAGCAGAAGCGAGCCGAGGACGAGUCUCCCGUCUAUUUGCCAGCCUCCUACUAUGUCGAUCCCUUUGCCUAUUACUGGAACUAUGGCACAUAUGCCGAUCUCGACUGGGGUGACUUUGGCAGGGCCCAAAAGCGCUUUCUCGACACUUCCAAGGACCCCGAAUUGUUCGGCAUCGAAAAUUCAAAUUUCCUGCAAAGCUUGGACAAUGCUAAACCCUCAGAGCCCCAGAGCAUGUCAGAUGGAGUGGAAGAGAUGCCGGCAGACAAUGAUCUGGACGCGGAGAGCGCCACACCAACAAUCUCCGAUAGCGACUCGGACACCGAGGAUGCGGUGUAUGCAGCGCCCUCUAAGCGACACAUAGGAGCCGUUUAUCGCUCCGGUUUCUUGCCCUCGUACAGAGCUUUACGCAGCCCCAUGGGCUCUGGAAGUGGUGGUGCUGUAGGUGGAGGCCGUUUUAGUCGUUCUGGACGUGCCAGGCAAUUUGUCGAGUACUACCCCCCACCAGAGCGACUGCGUCAACCAAUCGCAGCCGUUUGUAAACGCUGUUUCUUCCCCUACCGGCCGAUGGUGAAUUGGGGUGCCGCCGGAAUGCGUGGUCGCUGGCCCUUGUACAUGCAAUCAAUGGAACACCACAGAAGCAUCAACACCAAUGACCUACCAUCCGCCUACUAUCCACGCCACCUCCGACGUCAGGCAGCCGUGUCUGCGCCCUUCCAUUCCUGGGGCACGCCACCUCGUAUAACGGCCAUGAAUCGCCGCAGUUUUCGACGCAAUGAUCUUAACAAUCUAACACGAUACUAGAACACAAACAAAAAAUCCAAAAAGCCCCCCUUCCCUACCCUUUACUCCCACAACCGCCCCCUCCAAACAUAAUUAUAUUCCAUAUAUAUAUAUACAUAGAGACAAGAAAGCAAGCAAACAAGUUUAUAAAAACAAAAAACACCUUAAAAAAACAACAACAACAACAAAUCAAUUAAUUAAAAUUAUACACAGACAACAACAAGAACAAUUAAAGACAUACAUGCGAACUUGAAAUGAGGAGUAGGAAGAGUCACCCAGAAAGGAUAAGACAAGUAAAACAAACCUAUAUCAAUAUUUAACCAUAUCUUAAUUAAAUAUUAAUUAAUAACAACAUAUCUGGACAAUAAUAUCAUAUACGAACAUAAUCACUGACACUGACACCGACACCGACACCUAUACACAUAGAAACCACUGAUUUAUGAUUUGUGUAGGUAUUGCUGCCUCCACACCACCAAAAAUUGUGUAUCCCUUCAAAUGGUCUGCUCUCAGAAUAUAGAAAAAUAAGUAGAAAAGCAGUGAGCCCUUACUGGCAGGGGGCGGGAGGGGGGCCUAAUAAAACAAAGAAGGACAAUACUUCAGUCUUGUUCAUGUUGUUUAUAACAACACUUCAGUGUCUUUCUUCCUCAAUCUGCUUUAUUGGUUCUUAGCCUUAAUCAAGCAUCUUGAGCUUAUGCAGGGACAGCUAAUCAAUCUUUCGUAGUUUCUUUUUGGAGAGAAAGGAAAACAAUUUCCUCGAUGUGUACCUCUAUGAGUGUUUGCUAACACAACAACAGCAUAAUUAAUGUUUCAAUCUCAUUCAAACUUCCUUAGUAAACAUUUAUUGCAUGAUUGACUAUCCCCACCCCCACCCACUGCUCUGAGAUAUAGGGUUUCACUGUUUUUGCUAGAGUUUUGAAUGAAUUAAAUGUUUGCAGUUUGUCCUCUUUCUCUUUUUUUAAUGUGCCAGGUUUCUCAAGUCCUCACAGCAGCAUUGUUUACAAAACUUGACAAUAAUUUUAAGAAGAAAGAAAAAUCAAAAAAAAAAAUAUAUAUAAAGAAGACAAUAAAAUGUUGCUCAUGCAAUCUCGCUGAAACCCCCUAAAAAUUAAAAAAAAAAUUAUUAUAACUUACAAAAAAAAAAAGGAAUUAAAAGAAAAUACGAAAACUACAAUUAUUAUAAUUAUUAAAGAAAUUUUGAAUGUAUUGCAUAUGAGUAAAGAAAUUCCCAAUAUUUUCAAAAAGUAUUAGGUACUGCUUAGUAACAAGGACAAUAAUUUUAGUAUUAUUACAACAAACAAGAAAACGCAGAAUAAUUUGCAAGGACAAUAAAUAACUACCAAAACAAAAAGGAAAACAAAAAGAAAAAUUUUACAGAUCCCUCUUCCCCAAAAAGGGGGAUCGUACAUUUAAGCUUUGUAGAAGUUUUAAAGGAAACAGAAGAAGGAUGACAAUAACAAAAAAACAUAAUAACUACCUUAUUACAUGUAAUAAUCCUUAUAUAUUUACAUGCAUACAAUAAACAACAAGAAAGUAUAUAGUAUAUGUAUAUUUACAUUGAAACUCUUGCUCCCUUUAAACUUUUAUGAUAUUUUUGUUUGUUGUUUUUACCAACGUCUCUCCACCUAUGCUAUGAUAUGAGAUGUUCAUUUUACUCUCUAUCAACUUUUGAAACUCCUAAUAUUCGGUUGUCAAUGUUUUCCUUUUUAUUUUUUUAAUCAACAUCUGUGUUUUUAAAUUUCCAUUCAUAUCAUUAUAUGUGCAAACAAUCUUUCUUAUAUAUACCGCCUAUUAUUAUUAUGAUUACUAUUAUACAACAUUAUAUAAAAUAUAUUAACACUAUUAAAGAUACAAUUUAAAAAAACAAUAUAAUAAUUGUAAGUCUGAAGUUGUCAAUACGAAAAUCUAAAAAAAAAAAAAUACAAGUAAUAGAAACUAUAAAACAAGUCUAUUAACCAAUUACUGAGAUGAGACAAUAAGUAUGUAAUGUACAUUUAUUUAAAUAAACUCAAUGUCAAUGUUUCAAUUAAUAUAACAAUUCAAA